GUUUUCUGUCUUAUGCUUACUCUGGGCACAAGUCUACUGAGUGAAGAGGUGGCCCGGGGGCCCGGGUGGGCCAUGCAGAUAUGGUAUACUUUGUUCGGUUGCACUCCGGAAUGGGUAUCACCACUCUGGGCAUAUUUACAGGAUCCUGUAGAGUGCCAGCCCCUGCGGGAGCCCCACACCUAAGGCAGGGCCUGACCUCACAAUCUGAAGCUGCCGUGCUCGCACCAACACCACAGAAGAUCUUAAGGAAACAACAAACAACAGAAUUCAGCCCCAUCAGCCAAAUUCCUGGUGUUGCCUUGGACAUGCCCAUUGCUACAGUCACCAACACCAUCUCUACCCUCUCUGUGAUGACUGAUUUUGGAAACCUGUAUUACUCACCACUGCGCAUCUGGUCAACCAGAUGCACUCUCUGCUCUCAUAUGAACAUCUUCGGUUCCGAUCAUGCACUGCUGCUGUCUUACCGCCAUCAGGCUGUCCACGGACUGCCUAUUUAUAGCGCCACCAUCUUAAACAUUAAUAUUAGUGUCAGAAGUUAUACACAAAGCUACAACCUGUUGGCAUCAUUCAGUUUGUUUCCUUUCCUUGUGGAACAGCGCCACCAGCUGACAAGGACCCUGGCGAGGUCCCAGGAGCCUGGCUAUGGGGAGGGGUUGCAUAAGCUAGGGCAGCGCUUCAUAACCAAGUAAAGGGACUACUAAGAUCCGCCACUGCACGGCGCAAGUUAUGAGGUUAUUAUGAGAGACUGGAAGGGCGCACUCCGAAAAUGACAUUUCCCACCUAAUAUACCAGAACGAAAGUCAUAGCAAAUUUAACAAAGAAACCUGAAUUUCAUCUGUUUCUGU